AACCCCAUGCUAAAAGGGAAGCACAACCGUGUGUGCCAGAGUCACUCUCCCAUAACCUAGAGAGAUGGGGCAGUCUGUGCCGUGAGGACGGAGCUUGGAAGAAAGAAAACAAGGACAGGAAAACAAACGAGACAUAAGAGGACAUCUGGAAAAAGCAGAAGGCAGAAGACAGGGAGAGGAAAACAAACCCACAGCAGGUGGAGACAAGAUCUAGAGCAAACCGGUCUGGUCCACAGUUGUUUUUCUGGAAGAGAAGAAAGUACCAGAGGAUUGCUUGUUUUCCCUUCAGUUAAUGAAAACUCUUAUCUUCAUCAAAAAGAAAAGGCUAAGGGAAGGUAAAGACAAUCUUUGUUUUCUUAGGGGCAGAGCUGAGUGAAACCCAGACUAUCUUUGAAGCGUCUAAAAUAAGCCACUGCCUGGUACACAUUGCAGAACCAUCCAGGUCUCUGAAGAUCUACAUCCCCUUCAGGAAAAUUCCAGCCGGAGUAGCUGAAAGAGAGUACCUUUCGGAGGUGGAAAUCCUAUGAGAAAGAUGGAAAAAGGAGCCAGGCACCGAAACAACACUGAAAAGAACCACCCAGGUGGGAGCGAGUCGGAGGCCAGCCCCGAGUCUGGUUCCGGAGGGGGCGGAGUAGCCCUGAAGAAAGAGAUUGGAUUGGUCAGUGCUUGUGGUAUCAUUGUAGUGCUCCUCACAUGGGUCAACUGUGCCAGUGUGCGGUGGGCCACCCGGGUUCAAGACAUUUUCACAGCUGGGAAGCUCCUGGCCCUGGCCCUGAUCAUCAUCAUGGGAGUUGUCCAGAUCUGCAAAGGAGAGUAUUUCUGGCUGGAACCAAAGAACGCAUUUGAGAAUUUCCAAGAACCUGACAUCGGCCUUAUCGCACUGGCUUUCCUUCAGGGCUCCUUUGCCUACGGAGGCUGGAACUUUCUUAAUUACGUGACUGAGGAACUUGUUGAUCCCUACAAGAACCUUCCCAGAGCCAUCUUCAUCUCCAUCCCACUGGUCACAUUUGUGUAUGUCUUUGCCAAUGUCGCUUAUGUCACUGCAAUGUCCCCCCAGGAGCUGCUGGCUUCAAACGCAGUCGCUGUGACAUUCGGAGAGAAGCUCCUAGGGGUCAUGGCCUGGAUCAUGCCCAUUUCCGUUGCCCUGUCCACAUUUGGAGGAGUUAAUGGGUCUCUCUUCACCUCUUCCCGGAGCAGUGACCACCUGGAGUCCCCAGCCGAGGGCGAGCAGUGGAAGAGCAGUGACCCAUGAGGCUCUCUGGGAUCUAUUGGAACAGAGUGACUGGCUACAGUCGCUUUAGAGUGGGGUUUGUCCCUCGGGCAGGCCCAGCAGCGGUCUGCAUGCAU